CAGUCGUGUCGAACGACGUAAAAAAUAGUCAGCUGCAAUGUUUGUUUGUUGUUCGAUUCAGGUUUCAGGUUGUGCAGCUAGUCGGUGCUCGGGUUGUGACUAGGCUACGCGGACUAGUGUGGUGUAGUGCUGCAGUGCUGAGCUGCUGCGCCUUGCCUUGUGAAGUUGUGGAGUUCUGCUGCUGCCGCUGCUGGUCACAACGUCGGGCAUGAGUGGACGCACGUCGACGGCAGACGGACCAGAAUCGAGCGUCCCUAGCUCGAGUCGAUCCGACGAGCGACGACCACUAAUGGCGGACGCCAGCCGCCAGUCGCGAGCGGGCUCCACGGAGCGUACGGCCGGCAGCACUGCGAGUACUCCCGACGAUGCUGCGGAUGCCUCGGAUACUGCGGUGAUCACUCCUGGGCGGCGAGGGCGAGAUGCGGACAGUGGCGGCAGCGGCGGCGGACAACGCCGUCGACGCCGUCAGAGCUCUCCCGAAGACGACGAGGCCACGACAGCGGAGGAGCUGCGUGCCGGUGCGAAGAACAUGGUCAAGCUGAUCCUGCCCGUCGUGCUCUGCAUGGCGGUGGUGUGCGCUAGCAUACUGACAAUCGAUGAGUACAAGAAGAAGAGCGACACGUAUCUGCCGUACACGCCGUAUCACGAGGAUGGCGGCGAGUCCGGAGGCACGAAGUUCGGACAAGCGCUGGUGAACGUCAUCAUCAUACUCGGCAUUGUUGUCGCUCUGACGUGCGUUUUGGUGAUACUGAUCAAGUACCGCUGUUACAAGGCGGUGGCCGUGUGGCUGAUCGGCGCCUCCGUCCUUGCCCUCGGCUGGUUCUCGUUCUACUACUUUGCGUCGGUGAUGAACGGCCUCAGCGUGUCCAUGGACAUGAUCACGGCGGUGCUGUUCGGCUGGAACUUCUGCGUGGCGGGUGUGAUGGGCAUUCACUGGCGCGGCCCGCUGCGAGUGCAGCAGUUCUAUUUGAUCGCCACGUGCGUGCUGAUUGCGCUCAUCUUCAUACAGUACCUUCCGGACUGGACGGCCUGGCUGCUGCUGGCGCUGAUCGCCGUGUACGAUCUGGUCGCCGUGCUGGCGCCGUUCGGGCCGCUGCGCAAGCUGGUGGAGAUUGCGUCGGAGCGCGACGAGCCGCUGAUGCCGUCGCUGGUCUACUCGACGACGAACACGAUGAUCUGGUUUGCCGGCAUGAUGGCUGAUGCGCCAUCGCGUACGCGCCAAGCACGGCGGACUGCUAGCGGAGAUCAGGACGAGGAUAGAGUACCACUGACGAGUCCCGACGAUUCCGACGUGUCAGAGCCCAGCGACCUGGAGGAGGAAACCCUGACUGCCAGUGAAGUACGACAGCCGGUGCACGUCCAGGCGCGCCAAGCACUGUCCAGCGACGAUGGCGAGGAUGCGGCACUUCAGAGGCGGCAACGCCGGCAGCCCCAAGCGAGAGACAGCGAGGCUCCAAGUGCCAGUGGCCAGGACGACGAUGACGAUGAAGACAAGGGAGUCAAGCUGGGUCUCGGCGACUUCAUCUUCUACAGUAUCCUGGUGGGACGCGCCACCAAGGACAGCGACGGCGACUUCAACGUCAUCCUGGCCUGCUUCCUCGCCAUCAUCAUCGGUCUGUGUGUCACCGUUCUCCUGCUGGCAACGCUGCGCAAGGCACUGCCGGCGCUGCCAUUCUCCAUUGCGUUCGGCCUCAUCUUCUACUUUGCCACGGCCAAGGUCAUCACUCCGUUCACGGGCCAACUUAACUCUGCCCAGGUCUUCAUAUGAGUGUGAUGGUGUCCCACCCGGGACACGUCGGCUCCCAACUGAGUUGAUUCUGACACAUGUACAUACGCUGUGUAACGUUUUCCUCUACCAGGCGGCAAGUGGCACGUGUUCGUUGCGGCGAGAAGUAUUUUCUCCAUCUGCUGUAUCUUGUCAACCAGCGCCCUCUUGUACAUGCUGUACGUAUGACAGUGUCCUGUUGUUGUGCAUGCCUGUUUUCUGAAUCCUAAUGUACAUGCAUUAGAUCUAUGUACAUGUUACAAUCAACUGUGUAAUGCCUAUCCUACACAUCUGACUGUAGAGACGGCUCAAAAUUUGACAACCGAAUAUCCACCAUAAAAUAUUCCUAUGCUAUCUAUUGUACCUAUCCAUUCUCAUGUGACCUCUAUUCGCGUGCUUGGAACAUGAAUUUGUGUGUACAGUCGAACAUGGACAUGUUGCGUUCUUGUCUACUGAGAGAUUACAGUGUGCUGCAAGACAGUAUUGUAUUGAUACCACAGUUGCUGUAUAAUGAAGUGUGUUUUUAAAUAUAGACUAUUGAAUAACAUCA